CUCUCAGACCAGAGCCUAUGUGCGCUGACGCUUAUCGGAGGCGGGUUCUUUCGGAGGAGAAUCAAGCGAGACCGCUACAACUUGUUCUGGAAACGUGAGAAUGUGCGACGAACGUAGGAUACUGUGCCGGUGCCAGCGACCGAGCUUCGAUCAGAGAUUGUCCCUCUGGUCGCCGCCGAUCGACCGAAGCAUGGGACUGCCCCACACCACGUCUGUGCUCGGAUGGUUCGACAAUCAAAUGAAUCGACUUCAAGAGGAUCUACACAGCCUCCGUUUCUUCGGAAUUCCACAAGUCGCCAGAGUUGCCUUCGAUCCCGAAAGACGAUCCCGUCUAUUUGAUGCUCUUUUCGACGAGGACACAAGCUCGAACCUGCGACCCCAAUUUAGUCUAAACACCGCAGAGAAUCGAGUCGAGUGUCAACUUAGCACCGGUUGCGGGGAUUUCUUCAGACCGGAGGACAUCGAAGUGAACAUCAAGGGUCGAGACGUAGAAUUCAAAGCGCGUCGAGAGGAAAACUCCGACGACCGCAACAGCUAUUCAGUCCGAGAAGUACGCCGGCUGUUCACUGUCCCGGAAACAGCGGACAUUGAAGGGCUGCAGGCAGAGAUCGGUCCCAACGGGAAAGUUGUCCUCACCGCACCGCUGAUAAAGCCCGCUAUCGAAAACAAACCGCAGCAGGGUCCUAUUCCUAUAAAAAUCAACAGAGCCUGACCACGACUCGGCGUAUACAGCACACCCGUCGCCUGCGGUCAGGAUCAGGUCCCAAUGUGCUAUAGCAUUCAGCAACAUUCAGUUUCCCGCUCCCUGUUCAUAUAUGAAUAAACCGAAGACGCUUCCAAGAGUC